AUCGUGGAAUGGGGGAGGGGAAUCAGACUUCCAAAGAGCAAAGGUGUGUUUACACUGACUCGAGAGAAUUUAGUAAAGGAAAAAAAAAACUUCCGUGUAACCGAGAAACAUGAAGGAAACGCUGAAGCUCAAGGUGCUUGCGCUCGUGCUCUGCGUAUUUCCAACAGAGCUGUUGUCUAUCCAGGUUACGGUUCCUCAUACAGAGAGACACACAAUGUUGUUUGCUUCUGUCACUCUGCGAUGUGACUAUUCCACUACUGCAAACCUACAAGAUGUCCUGGUCACAUGGCGAUACAAGUCCUUCUGUUUGGAUCCAGUGCUGGAAUAUUACUCAACAGCAUAUCAAGCAGCUCUGGGUCUGAAGCAAGACCCAGCCAAUGACUGUCCAGACAGUCAGCGCACUGUCCGCAUAGUGAUUCAGAAAAGAGGCCUCAAUGAAGCUAUUUUGGGGACAGAAUAUCGAGAUCGCAAGAUAUACGUACAAAACAAUGCUGACCUGGUUAUCAAUGAGGUGAUGUGGUGGGACAACGGCAUGUAUUUCUGCUCCAUCGAUGCAGCAGGUGAUGUUGUGGGAGACUCCGAUAAAGAAAUCAGACUCAUUGUGUAUCACUGGCUGACUGUGCUGCUCAUCGUCCUCGGUGGAUUGCUCCUCAUCAUACUGAUUUGUAUCUGCUGCUGCCAGUGCUGUCCUCAGAACUGCUGCUGCUAUGUCCGUUGUCCCUGCUGUCCUCGCACUUGCUGCUGCCCAGAAGAAGCGGUGAUGCACCACAAGAUGAUGCGUGACGCUCAAAAAGCAAUGGUACCGUGGCUCCAUGGCCAGCCCAUCUAUGCCCCCAUUGCCUCAAAGGCAUCUUCUCAAGCAAACCCUUUACUAUAUUCAGGGUCUUUUUCUGAAACUUCAUCCAAACACAACCUUCCCAUGGCCCCGAUGGUCAUUCCUCCUUCUCAACCUGUCCUGCCAUUCGUACCUCCCCACGGAUACCAUGCCAAUGGCAGCAUAAAUGGAAGUGUACGUGGUAAUAACCAGGUGUUCGAUUUUCUGGAGAACCAAGUAAGAGGGAUAGAUAUGGCUGCCCCAAUGCUUCAGCCUCAACAAUACUACACAGAAGUCCUGUUCCAAAGCCUUCCUCAUCAAUAUGUGGUCCCACAACCCCAAUAUGCAACUCCACCACCUCAACCCAUACCCCAAGCUGUACCUUUAUCAGCCAGGCCGCCCAGCAUGCUCUCAGCCCUGGACGAGAUGGGUGUCCAAGGUGUGGAGCGCAGGGUCAUCCAGCUGCCUCCCAUCGUGGGCCGAGCGAAACCGAGCUCUCGGCGGACCAAUGAUGGUGGAAGACACCGGCUAUCUAAUCAUUCCAGUGGUAGCUCAAACCGCAACGGUCAUCAUCGUGAUGAUUCCCGGAGGGAGCCGUCAUCUUCACGGAGAGGGACGCAGAUACAGCACAGCGACGGGUCGGACUGGGACGACAGGCGUGGAGCCCGAGGUUCAUCAGGACGCAGGGGAGUUUCGGUUUUGGAUAGGUCUUGUCCACGUGUUCGUAGUAAAGGGGAGCUUCUGGAGGAGCUGGAGCACGCGACAAACCACAAAGACAGAAGCUAUUCGCCUUCUCCACGUAGAGGCUCCUGGAGUUCAGACGAGGAGGACGGUUAUAGAAAACGGAAGCAAUCUCAAGGGAGAUUGUCUGAGAAACCACCAGCUUAUUCUACCAUUGAUAUUUUGCCUGGCCACAGCAGGAGGAGUGACCACUUCUCGGAUAAAAGCUCUCGCAGUGGCAUAAGCGUUGUGAUCUGAGUCCCUGCCUUGUCCUUCAUUUCUAACUUGAUCUUUCAUUACUCACCAGUCACCACCUACAAGUGAAUGUCUUCUGGACUACUGUCAUUGGGACUAAUUGUGUACUUCAGCACAAUAAUUAAACCGUAACCGCAAAUGGCCUGCAGUAGACCUCUGGAAGAUAGUGAAUGCACUGUACAUCUUUUUUACACUUUAUUUUGUGUUUUAAUUCUACUUUUAGAUGUUAUUUGAUCACUUAAACAUUUUU